UGAUUACCAUGUUACUAUCAUUUUGUUAGCAUGCUUUUGACAUGAUUAGCAUGUUACUAGCAUGUUGUUAGCAUGCUUCCAGUGUGAUUAGCAUGUAACUAGCAUGUUGCUAGCAUUAUUAUUAGAAAUAGUACAUAGAAGGGAAGCUUGAUUGAGCCUAAAAGGAUUCUGGGAGUUUGAAGAGUGUUGCUCAUUUGAACAUUCCGUCAAUGUAAGUCUAUGGGAUUUUUGGUGGUUUUGAUAGUCUGGUUUACCAAAACUGUAAGCCGGAUCAGUCUGAAAAGAUAUAGCACACUGAGUCAGACCAGUCUGAAGGUCUGGGCCGAGUUUGAUGGUUCUAGCUUGAAAGCUCUAGGAGGAGAUAGAUACCAAAAUUUGUCUCAGAAGAAGAAGAAGAAUAUUCUUAAAUAGUAGAUCAGUAAGUUGGCUUUCUCAAGCCAACUUAAUAACAGUGUGUAGUAAAUGGCAAAACUAUUUGCACUACAAACCAGUGUGUUCAUAAUUAAUAUAAUGCAUUCAAAUAAUAUAGUGCGACACACCAAUUUGCAACAUCAAGCAGCAAAAGCUCCAUGAGACCGGAAGCCAAACCCAUAACAUUUACAAAUGGCCACGCCCACUCUUGGUGGAAAGUGCGUUACACUUAUAAAAAAUAAACAUGAUUUUCCACCCAAUAUGUAAGUGCCAACAUCCAACAUUACGGCCUAAAAUAAAACCAAACUCGUUUAAUUCAUUCAGCCCUCGUUGAGUGUCUCUUUAAGGAGGGGUAGCAGGAGGCGCGCCGGCUGCAAAGCGUCCUUCUGGUUUCCAAGGAAACGUGGGAAAGGACAGAGCGCAGACAGGACGGGAUAGUGCGAGACAUAACAGCUUCUUUUGCAGAUAUUUUAACACUUUGACAGAAACUUUACACCUAUAAGAGAGCAGAAUCGGAGAUUGGAUGCUAUAAAUUAAUUCCUGCUUGUUUAGUUCAACAGGUGAAUGUGUGGACCUGUAUGGUGCAGCUGGGAGACAGAUGGAGAAACACACACAAGCACUGCCACCCCAUUCUCCUCUACAUUCCCCUCAAAAUACUUCAGAAGCUCUGUCUCGAUCCCCCUCUCUUCCACAGCCUGCUGCUGUUCUCCCCGCAUCCAUCCCUUCCUUCCCAACCUCCUAUCUACACUUCUCAUCAACCCCUCUGGCAUCUGGAGGGUCACACUGCCUCAGUCCCUCCACAAUAUCUGACCAGGAUGACCUGACCUGCCUCAACUGGCUGCAUCAAAGAGGGAACCUUUUGCCCUUGCAGCCUCUACCCAAAAUCACCACACUGCCCCAGACAUUAGAUCCGAUUCCUGUCCAACAGCUGCCUUCCUCCCCUGCCAAACCGCCGUACUCUUUUAGCAGUCUCAUCUUCAUGGCAAUAGAAGACUCGCCUGAGAAGAGGCUCCCUGUGAAAGGUAUUUAUGAGUGGAUUGUUGACAACUUCCCCUACUAUAGAGAGGCUCCCGGUGGAUGGAGGAACUCGGUCCGACACAACCUGUCCUUGAGCAAGAGCUUCCAACGGAUACAUCGAGACAAGAGUCAAUCCGUUGGAAAGGGCUCAUUAUGGCGUGUUUGUCCAGAAUAUCGCCCAGCACUUUUGGAAGUUCUUAGAAAAACGCAUUAUUGUCAUCGUACCAACAGCAACUUGCUGAACAAGCCUGUUUUGUUGGAGGCGGCUGAUAAUGGGCAGAACACCUUGGGUGAGACUAUGGAAAUCUCAGAUCUAGAUUCUCUGUCUUCAAACCCGCCGUGCUCUUUGACGCCAGAUCACGAGGAGCUGGUCCCCAUGGAGUCUGUGGAACUGACAGAGGUUGCCAACGAGGAUUCAGAGAAAGAUCCGUUGGCAGACAGCGGUUACAUUGAGUUACACUAUUACCAGUAUCAGCAGUAUCAGUACCUGGUUCUUCCAGGAGACACAGAGUUGGACCUGGAGACGGUUGAGAUACUGCAGCUCGACGCAGAAGCUCAGGAGGCCGCAGGGUCACUGCUUGACCUCGCGGGAGGCAACCACUGAGAGCUUAUUUGUGUGUGCUGUGUACAAGCAAGGAGGGUUUAUGGGGAGAUGGGGGCCACUGUGAAAACUCUAGGCUUGAUGUACUGUUGGCACUUUAUACUGCCUGAACUUUUACUUACUGUCAUAAAAGGUGCAACAUAAGCAAUUCCAAACAAUCUAGUGAUUUAAAAAGACACUUGUAGAGACUGACAACAGCACUGUGAGGGUAUCCUUGGUAUUAGUGUAUAAUAAAGCAUCUGCAAAAUGCUUUCAUAAAGAACAAAAUAUUUAUUGUUUAUUGUCACGGUUAAAAAGUUCUAUUUAAUGCACUUCCAAGCCAUUUUUAAGUCCUUCCCAUUAAGAUUAUUCUAAUAAUUUGUUGUGUUCUACAUUCGAAUUAGAGGGAUAAAGUUCUGAUGUGAUUUUUAAAGAAAAUAAGUUUUUACAGUACAAAAAUGUUCAGAAUUAUGAACACGUUCAAGUAUUAUUGAAAUAAACUGCCAGCUGUUAGAUUGGGUAGAUGGAAAGAUUAAUAUCUAACCCAUAUUUUUUUUUGUGAUUAUUGUCAUGCUACAGCAUUCUGUAGUAAUUAGUUUUCUGUGUAGUAUGAUGCAUAUCAUAUUUUGCUUUAUUCACAUGUUUUAGUUUAGUAUGUUUAACAGCUUGACACUAAAUGACACCCCAUCCUCUUCUUGUGUAAGUCAUGUAGCAAUAAAGUACUGAAAUGUUAUGAUGAAAUUUUUGCCUGAUUUAACUUGUGCGAUUGCAUAUUUAGUUUUAAUCAGCAAGCUUUUAGUAAAUCACAUAUUUAGCUAGAAGACAUUGAAUCAU